CAGAGAGAGUUACAGAAAGGGGGAAGGGGAGAGUUGAGUAAUAGGAGGGUGUGGUUAUCUUCCAGAGGGGAAACGAUAAGCAGAGUUAGCUUGGUGGAACUCACUACACUCUUUCACUUGCUCCCACACACACUUUGCAUAUACAAAUACACACAUACAAACUCCAAAACUUACUCAAUCUCACUCUGACCUGACGAAGAGAAGAGAGUGGGAACAGCAAGUCUGAGAGAGCAACCGCGUGCCAGCACAGAGAAACAAGAGAGUGAGGGAACAGCAAGUCUGAGAGAGCAACUGCGUGCCAGCACAGAGAAACAAGAGAAGCACAGAGAAACAAGAGAGUGAGGGAACAGCAAGUCUGAGAGAGCAACCGCAUGCCAGCACAGAGAAACAAGAGAGAGUGGGAACAGCAAGUCUGAGAGAGCAACCGCGUGCCAGCACAGAGAAACAAGAGAGUGAGGGAACAGCAAGUUUGAGAGAGCAACCGGGUGCCAGCACAGAGAAACAAGAGAGUGAGGGAACAGCAAGUCUGAGAGAGCAACCGGGUGCCAGCACAGAGAAACAAGAGAGUGAGGGAACAGCAAGUCUGAGAGAGCAACCGGGUGCCAGCACAGAGAAACAAGAGAGUGAGGGAACAGCAAAAAAGGAAAUUGGACAUGAAAGACAAAGUGAAGAGAGGAGGAGCAGGAGAUCAGGGAACGUCAGAUACACUCACACUGACCAUUGGGAAAACAGCUGCUGGUAUGAAGGAGGAAGAAAACCCAUCAUUCCUUGUGAAGAUCCAGGGGGCGGGAGUGGAACCAUUUGAGCUGCAGGUCCAUGGUUUCUGGCUGGUUCAGGAGGCUGUGAUGGCAGUGUUGGGGAGAGAGGAGGUGUUUCCUCGCUCCAGCCUCUCAUUGGCCCUCUCCGGGAUGACCCUUGACCCCUUGACAGAGCUGCAGAGCCUGAAGAACCUCAAACCAGGAGCCACGCUCCGCCUGAUGGAGGAGCCAUACUCCCCCAGGUCUGCAAGGGUUCAUCUGGCUCGUGUGCUGGAGCUGCUGAGAGCUGUUGGACCAAACGAUGCUCUGAUGGAAGGACGAUCACCUAGCCUACUGGACUCACUGACACACACACACUCUACAGACUCUUCUGUCCAAACCAAUGGGAAAAGCCUGAAACGCUCGUCCAGCAACACAAAGACUGACCCGGCCAAUCAGGAUGGAGCUCCUCCUGAGUACCUCCUCCCUGGAGCCGCAGAGAGACCACUACUGGCCAUGCUGCCUCACAACACUCAGCCAGAGGUUCCCAGUUUUCUGCAGGACCUGUCACUCAGCUGUUGGAACCCGCCCCCUGGGCACAGAAAGCUGCAAGGGGACUUCCUGUACAUCACUGUAGUGACCCUAGAGAGUCGCAAGUGUGACAUCACAUCCUGUCCACGAGGAUUCUUCCUGAAUAGGUCUACAGUAGAGGUGUUUGAUCCUCGGCCAACCUCGUCCUCUCCAGUCAGUCACUGCCUCACUGACCUGCUCUCUCAUAUCAGUCCUGCCUUCAAACAGGCUCUCGCCACUCUCAGAGCCAGGCCCCAACUGCCCCCAGUAGAAAUGAUGCUGACUCCCUACCGUACACUGAGCUGGCUGGGUCCCCCAUCAGCCUCCCACUCCCACAGAAAUCCUCUCAGUAGGCUGGGACUGGAUCAACACUCUGGAGCACAGGCUCCAGACUGGAACGAGGAGCUGCAGGCAGCCAGAGAUCUGCCUCAGGGCAGUCAGGAGGAGAGACUACAGAGAGACAGAGCUCUACUACAGGUGAACAGUGCGUUUGUGUGGGCGGUGGCCCAGGGUGCGGAGACUGUUAUUGACGGCUGUGUAGAGCCAAUCAGUGGAGGCCCUGAUGACCCCGCCUUCCUGUGGGGCGGGCUGUUCCUGAGCCAGGGAGGAGCAGGGAUGGCAUUAGGGGGCGAGAGGGGACGCAGGGUGGCCCAGAGGCUGGAGCUGAGAGGUGUACAGUCCUACAGUGACCUGGAGGGGGUGCUCCAGGGCCUCCACACCCUGCCCACCGCCACCGUGGACUACAGGGGGAUACGUCUGUCUGCCCAAGGCCUGGCCCCUGGCCUGGAGGGCCCAGAGCAGGACCAGGGCCCCUCUGCUCCUACCAGGGGUAUUCUGUACGGGGUGGGUGCUGGGCCCCAGGAGUCCCCCCACCGACGCUGUCUCUUGGAGCUGCUGGCUCAGGCUGCUAAAGGCCUCAGCCUGCAGAGACACGCUGUAGUGGGGCCCAACGGCCACCAGGUGCCUCUGUUCACCGCACUUGACGCCCAGGGGCUGCUUGGGGCUGAUGGGAGGUUCUACCUGCUGGACCUCUUCAGGAGCCUGCCGGCCGAUGCCAACUACUGCCCUGCGGGAGGGAGGCAGAGGGAGGAAGUGGAGAAGAAGGAGGGGUCAUGGGAGGAGGGCUGGCCAGAGCAGUACCAGAGCACUUCAGGUCUGCCCAGGAAGUUCCCUCAUGGCCUCUGCAGGCUAAGACCAGAGCUGCUGCAGGCAUUCAUCCAGGACAAACAGUCCCAGUUCACUCGCCGCUGCAAAGAAAGGAUGGAAGAGAAUGGAGGCGUGGAGGAGUGUGUAAAAGCAGGUGACCAUCGAGGUACAGAUGCAGUGAGAGGUGCUUGUAAAGAUGUGGGAUCAGUCAGUGACAUCAUCUUUGAGAUGCGCUUCAACCCCAGCGUGUUCUCCUCGGACGUGACGUUCCCCAAGAGUGACCAUGAGGCCGUGAGGCUGCAGGAGAGGCUACUUAGAGAGGCUGCAGCCUCCAUCAUCACACAACAGAUACCUGCCAUCGUGGAGGCAUGCCUGCAGGGCAGUGAGAUGCCUCUAGAUGGAGCUACGCUGAAGCAGGCGCUACACCAGAAAGGCAUCAACCUCCGCUACCUCGGCCAACUGACCAAGGCCAUCAGCCAAUCAGAACACAAGGAGCGGCUUAGACAUAUAAUGAGGCUAGCUGUUGGAGAGAUUGUGGUUCGUUCUUCCAGAAGGAUCUUCAACAACUUCCUGCAGGGUGUGGAGGUGUCAAGUCUCUCUGCAGCUGUCAGUCACUUCCUCUGCUGCCUAUUGGUUGCCCUUUACAGCACUGCCCCCACAGGGGAGGAGCCUAAGAAGAGGUCCAGGAGGCGGGGUCGUGGGGGAGGAGCUUCAGACAGCACUGCCUGGAGUGCGCUCAGUGGAGCGGAGCUCUGGAUCCUGAUUGGCCAGGACGCAGCAGAGACCUAUGACAUCACUCAUGGCCUAGGUUCCACUGCUGACCAACUAGUAGAGACGUAUGGGCUGCAGAAGGUCUCCCUGCUUAGAGAGUUCUGUUUGAAGACUGGAUUACAGCUGCGACUGAGAGAGUACUUCUUCGACAACCGAACUAAGGCUCCCAUUGGUCCAGACGACGUGCUCAACAUUUUUCCUGUUGUCAAGCAUGUCACCAUGACAACACACGAUGCCUCGCGAGCGUUCCGAGCUGCUCAGAGUAGCGUUCAGAAAGGCAUGAUGGAGCAGGCUUAUGAGCGUCUGAAGGAGGCAGCGUAUCUGUUUGGUCGUGUGUGUGACGACCUGAACGCGGAGGCCUGCUCCUGUCUAAGCCUGAUGGCCAGAGUGGCUUACUUACAGGGCCAGCCCACAGAGGCCCGCAGUGUUCAGCUCAAGGCUGUGGUCAUUAGUGAGAGAGUCCUGGGCUUUGACCACCCCAACACUAUCCAACAAUAUGCUCUGUUGGCGGUGUAUGUGUUCGCUGGAGGAGAGUCUGCUCUAGCUCAGAGGUGUCUGUUCAGAGCCCGUCUCCUGAUGCUCACAGUCCAUGGAGAGGACCACCCCUACACCGCUACACUGGACAGCUGUCUAGGUUUGGUGUUGCAGAGCGAACAAGCAGGGCAGUUCCUACAGAACGCACUCAAAAUCAACACUUCCUUCUUUGGCCCCACUGACGUGCACACUGCUCUCAGUCAGCAUCUGUUGUCCCAGUGGAUGUGUGGAGUGGGAGACUAUCGUUCUGCCAUGAACCACGAGAAAGAAGCUCUGUCUGCCUUCACCAGCCUGUAUGGUGAGGACCACCCCCAGAGACGUUGCAGCUAUGAGUUCCUGCGUUCCAUUACCCAGCAAGCAGUGCGUGUGGAACGCUCUCUGAGGCAAGGCGGGAACCCGCUCACAGCUGAGGGGCAGUCUCUGUCUCCCUCAGCUGAGACCACUCUGGAGCAGCUGGCCCUGGUCACAGGCAUCAGGACACCAAGCCACAGUGACAGGCUCCUGGAGUUCAAACAGAAGCUGAUGGAACAGAGAGAGGCAGAGGAGGCCGCUAAUGCCAAACCAGACAACACACACACAAAAACAGUGAACGGAAAGGAAGUGAAGACCCCUGAAAGAGAGGAAGAGGAGGAUGGGGUAGUCCAGGAGACCACCAGUGAGGAGCUCCCAGAAGAGGUAGAUCCAGAGAAGAACACAGCCGACAAACAGACAGUGGACGGCCAUCAACUGGAGGCCAAUGACUGGUCCGUAGAUGUGGGAUCAGUAGUAACAAGCAUAGUAGAGGGGUCAGCAGCAGAGAGUAAAGCAGUAGAGAAUGGAGCUGUAGUAGAAUCCAGUGAAAGAGAUGGAGAUGAAGACAGAGCUGCCCCAGAGGCUGAGCAGCACACAGGGACAGAGGAUGGAGAGGCAAACCUGAUGGCUACAGAGGAAAUGCAAACUGAGCCAGUCAGAGACUGUUUAGAGGACAGUCAGAGUCUGAGACAAAAUGGAGGUUUAGAAUCAGAGGGAAACCAAUCAGACAACGAUGUGGAGGUAGCCAAUGAGAAGCCAGCGUCAGAUAAGGUCAGCGGUGUGAACGGAACGCAAAGCACCAGCAAUGACCAAGCCUCAGGAGGUCUUUGCGAACAGGGACUCCUCGACGACCAUCAGCCAAACAAAAUAAACACUGGUCACAGCAGAGGGCAAGAUGCUAGCUAAUGGAACAGUGGUGUCAGAGUGAAGACAGAGAGGGAGGGUCCAUCAUAAGAGCCUAGUGGUUAGAGCAUUGGACUAGUAAGCGGAAGGUUGUAAGAUCAAAUCCCCUAGCUGACAAGGUAAAAAUCAGUCGUUCUGCCCCUGAACAAGGCAGUUAACCCACCGUUCCUAAUAAUUUGUUCUUAACUGACUUGCCUAGUUCAAUAAAGGAAAAAAUAAUCAUAAUUAAAAAGAGCAAAUGACCAUAGAGAGGAGUCAUAGGACAGACAGGCAGCUGCCAACAAGGUGGUAACUUAUUAACGGUGCUGUUGAUUCAGCUGGAUCAGAAUCUUUAGAGUAGAGAGCUGUGGAGGAUGAGAUGAAAAACAAAAGCAGAAAGAGAAUAUAGAAGUGUACCAUUUUCCUUGACCUGGUGGUUUCUUUAGGGAUACUGGGAGAGGGCUACACUUUGUGUUGCUUUUUUUCAAUAUUAAACAUUUUAGUCUUGACUGUUAAACAAACCAGUGUUUUUCUUACUGCUGUUGUCUAAUUUAGUUACAGAUAAAUCAAAUGUUAUAACAGCAUAAAACUGAAUGUUUACACGAACACAACUGAACCAAAAUAAUAAAUACAUUGGGAAAAAGAG